GCCCGCGCGGCGACUGACUCUCUGUACAUAUCUCCUCAAGUCCAAAGAACCAGCAGCUCGACAAGAACAUCCCGAUGCCCCUGGCCAAACCGAUCCGAGCGAACCAAAGAAAACAACAUGCCGCAAACGCACGAGACCGGGUUGUCAAGCUCAAGGGGGACAUCUUCCAAUCGACCACCAUCCUCUGCGAAUUCUUGAUCUUCUUGUCGGUCACUUUCAUGCCUGCACUGGAACCCGAUCGAUGUGACCUUGUCCCACGACCGACUCGCUCUGGAGGCUUUGAAUCUAGCAAAACCUCGCCCAGGCGCAUCAACCUCGUCCCAGCUUGA